AUGCCUGCCAUUACGCAGAAUGAUUCAAGUGAAUCGUCAUCGCAGAAGCUGGUCUCUUUUCUAACUGAUGGCGACGAUUUGAUCCAGUGUGAAGUCUGUCUGGAAGGUUUUCAUCCAACCGAACGGCCCCCGAAACUUCUGCCGUGUGGACAUAAUUUCUGUGAGCAAUGCCUCUUCUCGCUAUGUUGUCAUCAACAGCGUUUGUCAUGUUUGGAGUGUUGCGUGAAUCGUCACAACGGACAUCAACUGAAAACGCUGGAUGAACUGGAAUAUUUGCAUCACAAAUUAAUAAAUGAUCUCAAACAGUUGAAUAUUAGAAUACAGGAUGUUGGUGAGCACAUCGAGAAGACGUUGAAAGAGCUGAAGAACGAAUCAAUUGCACAUCUUGAUUGUGGCACCUUCAGUGAAGCUAAACAGGCUCUUCUGAGCGAAUGUGAACGAGAAUUGAAUUUUGCUUUCUCUAUACUGGAGAACGCUGAAACCACUCCGCUGCCUCCUGCGGUGAUCACCAAGAUGCGACAGCAACACUUCAGAAAUAGUGCGAAAUUGUACAAAAUGCUGAAUUUCAUUCAGAAGUGUAAAGAGUCUGUGAACGAGCGUGAAGGCCGACAUUGCAGAUUAAAAACAAAAGUGAUUCCAUCUCUAGCAAGCACAACGUCAACAUCAAACCUAACCUCAAGCACUACCCAAAUGUCAGCAGGGCAACGCAGUCAAUCCCGAAAAAAUCUUGAUAUGGAGGCCGAGUAUGGGACGGCUGCGGAUUCAAUUGCGGCAUUGAUAACGAUUGGAAAUUUUGGUCGGGAGGUGAAUCGCCUGAACGAGCCGUUGAAAGUGCUGACAAGGAAGCAGUCGAGCAUGUUGGAAAGACGAGACGCAUUCUUGGAAUGUGCAAAACAGUUGAAGUAUUGGAUCAGCGAUGAUACAUCCAAACAAGUUUUACUGCUAUUCAUUGAUGCAUAUUUGAACAUAUUCUAUCAGUUGAAUCGUUUGGUGAGCAAAUAUCCACGCAAAGAAGAUCCGGUUCGGCGGAGGGAUGUUUGGAAAUUGGUUCAGAUUGCCUAUACGGAGCUUUUAAGAUGUGCAAGUAAGCAUUGGCCAAGUCAGCAUCCAGAUCGAGUAGACUUAGUGGACGAUCUGGCAUUUUUAUGUUCGUUGUAUUCGGAUGUUUGCGAUCAAGCCACAAUUACAAUUUGUAUGAUUGAAGCGGCAAGGGCACGAGCAGCAUCAGACAGCCUAGCUGAAGAGGAAAAACACGGUCAACAGCUCAGACUUAAAUUAAUUGAUGAACACUUACUGGAGUGUCGGCGAAUACAAAAAUUAUUGGAGCUGAGGUCGACCCGAACUGCGUCCUCAAGCCAAGGUCGCUUCAGGAGAUUGAAACGUUGGUGGCUGAGAAUUGCUGCUGUUUUUGGGAAGAGGAAACUGCUGGGAUGA